AUGCUUUCCCAGGGCUCUGCGGGCGAGGAGGGCGGGGCGAACGCGGUGGCGUUUCUCACCUUCUCGGAACGGUUGGCGAAUGUGAAUAUUGAUAUAAUCCAUCGGAUUGAUAGAACUGGGAGCUAUGCUGAGGAAGUGGAAACCUACUUUUAUGAAGGCCUGGAGAAAUGGAGAGAUCUUAACUGCACGGAACACUUUGUUAAAUUUUACAAAGAGGUGUAUGGAAAGACCCAAUCUUUUAAUCAGUUGGUGUACCAUCAGAACACAGUGGUGGAAAGCUUGAAAAACCAUCUUCAAAUCAGGAGUAGCCUGGCCUACCAACCUUUGCUUGACCUCGUGGUACAGCUGGCCAGAGAUCUGCAGGGGGAUUUCUAUCCUCACUUCAGAGAGUUCUUUGUAAUUAUAACUUCCCUGCUGAACACACAGGACACAGAACUGUUGGAGUGGGCCUUCACCUGCCUCUCCUAUCUAUAUAAAUACCUCUGGAGACUUAUGGUCAAGGACAUAACAGGCAUUUACAGUUUGUAUAGCUCACUUUUGGGUCACAAUAAGGAGCAUAUCAGAUGUUUUGCAGCUGAAAGUUUUGCUUUCUUGAUGAGAAAGGCUCCUGACCACAAUGCCCUUUUCAACUUCAUGUUUGCUGACCUGGAGCAACACUCUGAGAAGGCUGAGGGAGUGGGCCAGCUGCUUUUCGAUGUGUGCAAAGGCGUCCAAAAUACGUUGCACUCGUGUGCAGCCAAAAUUUUCCCAGCUGUCUUACAAAAGCUGGGGCCCGUCACAGAGUUGGAGGCCGUGUUACCGUGGGACACGGUUGGGGAAGCAGUUCACCAGAUGGCCAAGUCGUUUGCAGCCUACGUUGACAGGGAACACUUCGAUGUAGUCUGGAGCUGCUUACAGCGAUGUAUCCUGGGGCUCUGCGACAAAUUAAACUACGGUGACAAGCAGCAAAGCUCUGAUCAAAUCCAGAGGAUUCUGCAGAUAUACCUGGUGUUGGUGGAAAGUGGACAGGGGUCAAGGGUUACUCAUCCAGUUGAGCUUUGUGAGACCUUGAUCCAGAUGCUGCAGUCUUCGCAGAUGACCACAUCCUGCUGUGAGGCUCUUCUUGAAGUAUUUUCCACCCUCCUCAAGGCUCAGAAUAUUACUCUGCCGAAAGCACUGAUUGUAGAAGCUUCCAGGAAGAUUUACAGUAGUGAGUUUGAAAGAAAAUUAAUUCUGGAGUUCUCAGAGGAGAUGUUUAACAUGUGCCAGUUUGAACAGCUGUUUCUGCCGAGCUUGCUGCAGUAUGUGGAGGAGCAGUUUACAAUUGGUGAUCGAUCGGCCAGGGAAGAAACUCUGGGAAUUUUGGUGAAACUGAUUCUGGCCAAAGCUGAGCCUCCGACUAUUGGAUCGAUGGCAUUUGAAAAGUAUCCUCUUCACUUCACAGGAGCGGUGCAAGUUUCUCAUUUUAUUGAUGAAAAGGAUUCCAGCGGAGUGGAGAAUGGUGGAUCAGUUACUUUGGUGUUAGAUUUCAUCCUGUCUUUGCUGCACAUACCUGAAGCUGGAAGGAGAUUGGAUCUUGCACAUAUCUGGGCUGCUUUCGUCAUUCUUCCCCAUAUCAGGCCUAUGCAAACAGAGAAGGUGUUGGUCCAGGUUCAGUCAUUUUUUAACUGGCUACUGACAACCCUUAAGGAAACUGAUUCCGUUGAUGAAGGAUGGAUGUUUGUUGCUCGUCAAGCAGUCAGCACCAUUUUGAGUCUAACCGAAUCUUCAGAUGUCCUCAGCAUUCUUCCAGUGGAAUGUGUAAGGAAUUUGAUUAAGAAGUCACCAUCUAACCCCUCUGCUCUCUUGCUGGGUGAUCUGUACUACACUCGGUUAGCAUUAUGUGGCUACAGUGAUCUACUUUCGCAAGACUCUCAGCUUAACCUGUUCAGAGAACUUCGGCCAAAUCUUUCCACAGCUGUUUCCAAGGUGCGGCUUCUUACACUGAGGAUUAUGAAUCAUUUUGAAGUGCGGCUACGAAAAAGAGUCGAGGAUGAGGGCGAUGGAGAUCUUCAGCCUGUCUUUGCCAUCUUACUGCAAGCUGAACUUGUCCCUGCAACCGUUCAUGACUACAGAGAGAAGUUAUUGCAUCUGAGGAAGCUAAGGCACGAUCUGGUACAGCCGUGUAUCCCUGAGGGACCAUAUGAUGAGGCUCCUCUUCAGUAUUUGAUAGGAAUGCUUUAUAUAAACUUCAGUGCACUGUGGGACCCAGUGGUUGAAUUAAUUGUUUCUCAUGCACGUGGGAUGGAAAGUAAAGCAUUCUGGCGUAUUUAUUAUGAGCAUCUGGACCAGGCAGCUCAUUUUACAGAGAAGGAAUUGAAACGUGAAUUGGAGGAGGAACUGAAAGACAGCAUCACAUCGGACACUCAGAGUAUUCUGCCAAGUAUAAUCAGAGGAUUGUACCAAGGUCAGCUCCACUUGGCAAUUAAAUCCAGUGAGAGAACAGAUCGCACCAACUUCCGUUUCCUGCUUUGGAAAGCAAUGAGUGCCUUUGCUGACAGAGUAGAACCUCGGUCACGAGAGCUCUCUCCUUUGCUUCUAAGAUUUAUUAACAAUGAAUAUUACCCAGCGGAUUUGUUGGUUGCUCCAGCUGAGGACAUCAGGAAGAAGCACGUUCCUGAUGAAAAAGUGACCGCUGCAGAACCGCAGGAUGGGUGCAGUGCAGUUGACAACGAGGUAGCAGCUCCUGAAGAACCCAAGUUUGCUGUGGGAAAGAAGCCCAGGAGGGCAGCUGUAAAGCAAUUGAUCGCUCACCUGAAUGUUUUCUCCAAGUUUACUAACCCAAGGUCACUGUACCUGGAACCCAAGCUGAAGGAAUUGUACACUCAGCUGCUGUGCCAUCAUUGCCAGGAUGUGCAGAAAAUUGCCUUGGAAUGUCUGCUCACUUACAAGCACCCACACCUUCUGCCCUACAGGAGUGUUCAACAGGAAUACACAACGCUACUUUGCUGUUUAAUCCGGGCAUUCCCCCAAAGGCCGGAGUUCCAGGACUUGGUGCAGUUAACAGACCACGAUCCAGAAAUGGACUUCUUCGAGAAUAUGAAGCAUAUACAGAUUCAUAGGAGAGCCCGUGCCCUGAAAAAACUAGCGAAGCAGCUUGAUGAGAAAAAGAUUACGUUGUCCUCAAAAUCUUUGGUGAACUACAUCCUGCCAUUUGCUACUUCAACACUGUUCAAUGAGAACAUGCUGAAGUAUGAGAACAUGACCACGGCAUCUGUGGAACUUGUCGGAGCUGCCUGCAAGCAUCUCUCAUGGUCACCAUAUAUUUAUUACCUUAAAUGGUAUAUUCACGUUCUGCAGACGGGACAGAUCAACCUGAAACUUGCAGUCAGUUUGCUGCUUUCUGUGUUGCAAGCCUUUCACUUUGACCCAGAGAGCCUGCAGAAGGAGUUUGGAGCAGUUCAGAUGAGUGAAAAUGAAAAUACAGAGAAAGAAGAUGAGGAAAAUGUGGCUGAAGCCAUGGAAUUGGAAGAUGAUGCUGAUGAAGUGAAGGAAGAAUCUGCAGAAACGUUAAAUGAAGAUAGCACAGUGUGUGAGGAAGGGACAGCGGGAGAACAGCUCCCAGUGAAGCAGAUGAAGAAGCCCAUAGCCCCUCAACCCAAAAAUAAACAGGAGCUGGAAAGUCUGAUUGACCACAUCCAAGUGACUGUCACCCACAACAUCCUGCCUAAGCUGCAGAAAUGCUUAAUUGCAAAGGUUCAAAGAGAUGAGCAGCACAAGUUGGUGAAAUCAAAAAUAGUCAAUGAUGAGGAGUUGGUGCGAAUUCCACUGGCUUAUACAAUGGUUAAACUGAUGCAGACUCUUCCCAAGGAAACCAUGGACUCCAAUUUACCAAGCAUCCUCAUCAAAGUCUGUAUGCUGCUGAGAAACCGGGCGCAGGAGAUCCGAGAGGUUGCUCGCAACACCCUGACUAAAAUCAUUGAGACUUUGGGCCCAGGAUACUUUCUGUAUCUUCUCAAAGAGAUGCAGUCAGCUUUAACCAAGGGCUAUCAGGUUCAUGUUUUGACCUACACAGUCCACAUGCUGUUAAAGGGUCUCAUACCCAGACUUAACAGUGGCGAUUUGGACCCUUGCAUGGACGUUCUCAUUGGGAUUUUUAAUCACGAACUAUUUGGUGAAAUUGCAGAGGAGAAAGAAGUGAAGGGAAUUAUAAGCAAAGUGAUGGAAGCGAGGAGAAGCAAAAGCUACGACUCCUAUGAGAUUCUGGCUCAGUUUGUGGGAAAGGCACAAGUUACUAAGCUGAUCCUUCCACUCAAAGAGAUCUUAGAGAAUACAACCAUCCUUAAGCAAGCUCGCAAGGUUCAAGAAACGUUUCGUCGCAUUGUGUCUGGUCUGUUACUGAAUAAGGAAAUGACAGCCGACUCCAUUCUCUUAUUAAGCCAUGGUCUGGUGACAGAGAGCUUACCGUUGAUGGCACAGAGAACCAAAGGUAAACACAAGAAACCUGAAGCCUCCCGCAUUGAACUGAAGCCCCAGAGUUGCCUUUUGCUGCCCCCCACCCCAAGCCGUCAGGGUGAGAAAGUGGCCACCAGCGCCAAGACCAACAUGCACAUUCUGGUCGAUACAGGGUUGAGGUUGCUGCAUAUGAGUUUGAAGAGGUCGAAGGUGAAUUCUUCAGAAGAACACAUUUUGGGAAUGCUUGACCCAUUUGUGCAGCUAUUGAUUGACUGCCUCCAGUCCAUGCAUGUAAAGGUGAUCACUUCUGCCUUGCAGUGCCUCACCUGGAUAUUGAAAUUCCCGCUGGCAUCCACAGAAACUCUGGCUGAUCAGCUGACCCAGCAACUUUUUGUGUUACUGAAGGAUUACGCCAAGGCUGGAGCAGCGAGGGGAGAGAACUUUCACCUGGUGGUGAACUGUUUCAAGUCAAUUACAAUCCUCGUGAGGAACAUGACGGGGCACACGAUAACUGACAAACAGUUGCAGAUUCUGUUGGGAUAUGCCGAGGAAGAUAUUUAUGACUCAUCGCGUCAGGCAACAGCUUUUGGACUUCUCAAAGCAAUUCUAUCAAGAAAGCUACUUGUUCCAGAGAUGGAUGAAGUGAUGCAGAAAGUGGCGAAGCUUGCUGUGACUGGACAGAGUGAACCAGUUCGAGUGCAGUGUCGUCAGGUUUAUUUGAAGUUCAUUCUGGAUUAUCCCCUAGGGAGUAAGCUAAAGUCUCACCUCGAGUUCAUCGUGGCACAGCUUUCGUAUGAACAUGAAAUCGGAAGAGAAUCUGCAUUGGAAAUGCUGGCUUAUAUCUUUCAAUCCUUUCCACAGGGUCUGCUUCAUCAGCACUAUGCUCUUUUCUUCAUCCCUGUCACUCUGAUGAUUGUGAAUGAUGACUCACCGAGGUGCAAGAAGAUGGCAGCUCUGGCAGCCCAGUCAUUGUUGAGCAAGGUGGACGAGGAGCACAAGGACCUGAUGUUUUCGUUGGUUUUGACAUGGUUCCAAAGCGAAAAGAUCUCUCACCGUCGACUAGCUGCCCACGCUUGUGGACUUUUUGUGGAAGCUGAAGGAAUCGUCUUUGAGAAACGUAUUGGAACCAUUCUUCCGACCCUUGAAGCCGCGAUUGAUCCUGAAAGUUUUCAAGAUAUCCAUGAGGAAGAGGAAGAGAAAGCUACAGACCGUUUGCUGUUCAGCCUUUUGACUCUGACCGUGAAACUGGUGAAGAAUUGCAACUUGAUCCAGCUGCUCAAACCACGUGCUGUUCUCACCACUAUCUGGGAUCACAUCCAAGCUCACCUGUGGCACCCUCACUCCUGGGUUUGGCUCACCUCAGCUCAGCUCUUCGGAAUGCUGUUCGCCUCCUAUCAACCGGAACAACUGGUGGCCAAGUGGAACACUGGCAAGGCACCAGUCAUGGCAAAGAAUUCCCUCAAGACGCCAGCGGCACAGUUUUUGCUGGAAGAGCUGGACAGAAAGACUAAAGUCUUGGCUUUAGCCUUUUGUCAUCAGCUGCAGUCCAAGUUCCUGGAUGUCAUGUUGGGUGAACAGGUGAUAAAGAAUUUGCUGUUUGUGGCUAAAGUCAUCUACCUCUUGGAGUCUGUCAACUGUGGAGAUGGAAAGAAGGAAAAGGAGACAGCGGAAAGCGAGGAUGAAAUGGGAGCCGAGGAGAUGGAGGAAGAGACGGCAGGAAAAGGAGCUUCUGACAGUGCUGAAGGGAAGAAAGUAACCCUCAAGUGGCUGAUCAGGAAACUCUGUACUCUUGCCAAGAGAGAAGCAGCCCAUUCCCCAAAAAUUCCUUUGAAGAGGACCUGUGUCUUUAAGUUCCUUGGAGCAAUCGCAGUAAACCUUGGAAUGGAAGGAGUGAAGCCUUACCUCCCAAUAAUUAUUGCACCUCUUUAUAGAGAAUUGAACAGUACUUACUCAGAGCAAGACCCAACACUCAGGAAUCUUUCCCAGGAGAUCAUCGAGCUGCUGAAGAAACUGGUCGGGUUGGAAACAUUCUCUCUGGGCUUUGCAGCUGUGCAGAAACAGGCCAGCCAGAAGAAAGCUUCACGGAAAAGGCAGAAAGCUCUGCAGACAGUUGCAAACCCGGACAUUGCCGCAAGGAAGAAACUGAAGAAGCACAAAAAUAAAGCUGAAGCCAAGAAAAGAAAAAUUGAAGUCCUUCGACCGGGCUACAAGGCAAAAAAGGCCCGAAGCAACACGCUGAAGGAUUUAGCCAUGGUGGAGUGAAAUGUUUUAGUUCAGUCAUUUUGUACAUGAUGGUUUUAUGCGAGAAACUGAAAGAUCACUUCUGAUGGCCACAUUUUUUUGUCCCCCUUUCCCAACAAUUCCUUUGCACUGUGGCUCAGGAGUAUUUAACAUGAAGUACAGUUUAAUGUACUGUUUGUCUUGACAGAUUGUCAAUAAAUGGUGCUUUGUGGUUAGCGCCUGUUCUCAAAA